CUUUUAAUACAUCGAUCACAUCCAAGCCUUCGGUGCAAUCCUAUGUGAAAAAUGAGUCUCACAUUCAAAAUUCAAUGGCUCUUUCUUUGUGUUGUGCCCUUACUCAUUCUAUCCUUCAAUACCCAUCUCUCAAAAGGAUCAGAUGACACCAAUACCAUCUAUGCUGGACAGUUUCUCUCUGGGAACCAAACAAUAACCUCUCAAAGUGGAGUCUUCGAACUGGGCUUCUUCACGCCAGGUAACUCUCAAAACUACUACAUAGGCAUAUGGUACAAAAAGCUACCAAACAAAACAGUAGUUUGGGUAGCAAACAGAGUCCAACCCAUUUCAAAUCUAUCUUCGCCACAAUUAAAACUGUCACAAGACGGAAAUUUAGUCCUACUAGACCAGUCCAAGAAUCAAAUUUGGUCGACAAAUUCGAUUUCAAAAUUGGCUAACUCAACCAUAGCCAUGCUUCUUGACAAUGGAAAUUUCAUUGUUAGAGAUAAAUUGGAUUCCUCUAAUGUGAUAUGGCAGAGUUUCGACUACCCAACUGACACGUGGCUUCCCGGUGGGAAAGUUGGAUACAAUAAACUCAAAAAUGAAAAACAAGCUCUUACUUCUUGGAGAAAUUCAGAAAAUCCAUCACCAAGUCUGUUCUCUCUGGAGGUGGAGCCAAAUUCAAGUCAUAUUUUGCUUUGGAAUGUGUCUAACUUGUAUUGGACUAGUGGGAUAUGGAGUGGGAAAGUUUUUAGCCUUGUUCCUGAGAUAGAAUUGGACUAUUACAUAAAAAAUGUCACAUAUGUUAACAAUACAAAUGAGAGCUAUUUCACAUAUGAUGCCGGUAACCCUACUGCUCUCACUAGAUUUGUGCUCGAUGUGACGGGACAACUCAAACAAUUUGUUUGGGGAAAGGACUUCCCGCAGUGGAGUACAUUCUGGAUCAAACCACCGCAACAAUGCACAGUCUAUGCUUUUUGUGGUGUAUUUAGUAGUUGUAACCAAAAUGUACCGAUUUGCACUUGCAUUGAAGGAUUUGAUCCGAGGACUCAAGCAGAUUGGGAAUUGGGGGAUCACUCAGGUGGGUGUGUGAGGAAAAUUCCUCUACAGUGUGAAAACAGAGGAAAUGACAAAUUUUCUGUGGUGCCAAACACCGGUUUUCCUGUGAAUUCAGAGUUGAUAACAGUUGAGAACAUUGAUGAAUGUGAAUUAGCUUGCUUGAGAAAUUGUUCAUGCAGUGCUUAUGCUUAUGAUAAUAGGUGUUUGAUUUGGGGAGGUGGUUUGUUCAAUCUACAACAACUCUCAUCAGAUGAUAAAAGUGGAAGAGAUCUUCAUGUUAGAGUAGCAGCAUCCCAGCUGGUUGGAACCGAAGCUAAGGCUAAGGCGAAGAGAAACACUUCUUUGAUUGUUUUUGGAGCAAUUUGUGGUUUCUUCUGUUUCUUUGGCAGUGUCUUGGUAGUCCUCUGGAGGAAGAGACAGAGAGACACUGCUGGUACUUUGGAGAAAGUUGAUGAUUCUUUGGCGGUGUUCAAGUAUCGUGACAUACGAAUUGCAACGAAGAACUUCUCAGAAAAGCUUGGAGAAGGUGGCUUUGGUACAGUUUUCAAAGGAACACUGCCCAAUUCAAUCGCGGUAGCAGUAAAAAUGCUAAAAAGUUUGAAGCAAGGAGAGAAGCAGUUUCGCGCAGAAGUGAGCACCAUUGGGAUGAUCCAACACAUCAACCUUGUUCGCCUUCGGGGUUUCUGCAUACAAGGUACAAAAAGAUUUCUAGUUUAUGAUUAUAUGUCCAAUGGUUCUCUAGAGUCUCACUUGUUUAAAAAAGACAACAUUAAUGUCUUAGACUGGAAAACAAGGUACAACAUCUCAGUUGGGACUGCUAGAGGAUUGACUUACCUCCAUGAGAAAUGCAGAGAUUGCAUCAUACAUUGUGAUAUUAAGCCCGAAAACAUUUUACUGGAUGCUGAAUACAACCCAAAAGUGGCUGAUUUCGGGCUUGCUAAGCUUGUUGGGAGAGAGAUUAGUCGGGUUUUGACAACAAUGAGAGGAACACGAGGCUAUCUUGCACCAGAAUGGAUAUCAGGUGAAGCAAUCACGCCAAAAGCCGAUGUUUUUAGCUAUGGAAUGCUGUUAUUUGAGAUUAUAUCAGGAAGGAGAAACAGUGACAUAGUAGAUGAUGACAUGGAUUGGUACUUUCCAUAUUUAGUGGUAACGAAAAUGAAGGAAAGCGAGGAAUUAGUCAUGAGCUUUUUGGAUUACAGGUUGCAAGGCAAUGGUGAUGCUGAAGAGGUGAUUAGAGCUUGCAAAGUUGCUUGUUGGUGCAUUCAAGAUGAUGAGAAGGAUAGGCCAAGUAUGGGACAGGUAGUCCAAAUUCUAGAGGGAGUUUUAGAGGUUGGUAUGCCUCCGAUUCCACAGUUUCUCCAAGGAUUAGCAGAUGAUCCAUUGGAACCACGCUUUUUCUUCGAGGACAUUUCAACUCUGCUUUCUUGAGUUCAUAAUAGGAUGCUAAGUAUGAAUGUUUUUGGGUUGUGAAGAAGGCAAACCCUUUUUUAUUUUUGUUCCUCUUCUGUAUUGUUGAAAAACAAAAAACUGAAAAUAAAAACACAACCAAACAACAGACUAGG